GUGGGAUGCAUUUGCUGUGGGAUGGUCCGAGAGAAAGUCCGAGUUGGGCUUGCUCAAGCUCCUCUGCAUGUCUUAUGGCCUCAAAGCAGGGUAUCUCCAGCCGGCAACCAAUAAAGCCGCGGCCCGAGCUGGAGAAGAGUGGGCCGGCCAGGUGUUGUCCGAGGAAGACGGAGGCAACACGACAUUGGCAACCGAUGCCAAGCAGCGGCUGUUCCAGAAGUGCGUCAACAAGCUUCAUGUGGUCACCAACAUCUUGUUGCAGAAGGACACCUGUGACAAGCUCAACUGUUGGUUCCACUUGAGUUGGCCCAUUUCGUCCGAGCUGCAUCGCCUGAGGACAGCCUUGAAGACCGGCCGAGAUGGAUGUCAACACCAUCUCCUUGCAGAGGCCCGAGGAUCUGGCCUGGAAGUCCUGACGACCAUCUUCGAGACUGUCGUAUCUCCCGACGUCCGAGAAGACCUGCACAUUUGGCAGGGUGCUCGCCUAGGUGCAGGGACAAUCGGCCGAAUGACAGUCCAGGACCCCACGGUCAAACUCCAGAAUAGCAAAUGCGAGAUGGUGCUGCAAAUUGCUUUGGAGUUGGCUCAUGUCAAGAUGCAGUAUGCCACGGUCACCUUGUUUUCUUGGCCCUCCCAGCUCGUCCUGCUUGCGUUCGGCACUGAGUCCGAGCAGAACGUUGUCACGAAACGCUUGCAACUUUUUCUGCAGCCGCUCUUCAGAGGGUUAGGGGCCACGUGGAACGAAGAAGCUUUUGGAAACGCCCGAGAGUUGGAGGGCAGGGAGAACAAGAGCCAUGAGCUGAGUUCCACAGAGGCUUGGGAGUGUUGCACUUACAGUCGGACGCUCCCCUCCUUUGGGUUUCAGGAAAUCCAAACUGACCCGACCGAGGUGGAAGGCAACAUUCCCGAGUCCCUCUUCCGUCUGGAGAAAAACAAGGUGCCCGAGAAAUUAAAAGCGAUCACUGCACCAAUGAAGUGGACCUCCAUCGGCCAGAUAGGUCUUUGUGGCGUGGCCUGCGAGUUGACCGUCCUGAAGGAUGCCAUAGCAAACGACCGAGUGCUUCAGCUGAGCGACUCCUGGCGGAGCAGCAUGUUGACAAGAGGCACCGUGGUUCGGCACAUCUCUUUCCCAGAGUCCGAGCGAUAUCUGUCCAUGGGCGCCUGGCCAUCCCAUUCCGGCGCACUUCUGCUGCCUCUGAAGACCUGCCAAGGCGGCUUCGACUUGGACCUUCCACUGACAAAACACAAGCUGAAAUUUGUUCAGGUUUUUCGACUGGCUGAUUGGUUCGUCGUGCCCACAACCGUCAGGAGCCCUUUGUACCAUGCCAUUCAAAGCCGUGGAUGUCCGAGAAGUGUGCCCCUGUUGACUGUGACAGGCGAAGCCCCGAAACCCGUGCUACAGCACUCUGCAGAAAAUGCUUUCUUCGAUCUGGAUGAGACACGACUGUCUUUCAUCCUGAAGGAAGAGUGUGGCAUAGGAGACCAUGCCAUGCCGGAAAGUGCAGAGACUGCCUUGGGUGAGAUGAUCUCCACGGCCGUUCAGAAGGUCCUCUCUGUGUCCGAGGAGAAGGCGGCAGACAUCAUGGAAAGCUCGCUGAAGUACCGGCAAGCCGAUGAUGCAGAUCUGAAUGAGAUCCUGCAGUCGCCCGAGUUUCAGGAGCUCCUGACGGCCGAGACGGACAAGCAGGUCAAAGAGGUCUUGUCCGAGUCCCAGCAGAAGCAUCGCAAGGCCAUGUCCGUGACAGCUUCCAUCCGCAAAACGAGGAUCAAGGCGUCCGAGAAGAAGAAGAAGGCGCCCGAGCGGAAGCGGAAGCCUGUCAGGUUCCAACCAAUCCAGAUUUACAGCGAAGAACACGUGAAAGCUUGGUUGCCUCCUGGACAUACGACAAAACGCGAUGAAUUCAACGGCUGCUGGCGGGCCGAGGAUAGGUACGGGGUCACAACUUCCCGGUCCUGGGGCAAGCACGGUGACGGCUAUGCUUUGAGGCGAAUGCUAACAGCUGCCUGGGAGAAGUACCUCUUUCUUCACCCAGCAGAAACUUGUCCUUGGGAGUUUACUUUCUUGGAUGCUUCCGGUUAG